AUGCCUCGACGGUCGGCCAAAUUGGUUUCUGCCGGUGUUGAUCCUGCACCGAGGAGAAGAUCGACUAGGCUUGCGUCUAGAGAAAACGUGGAGAGGAAGCAUCAUCAUCAUCAUCAUCUUGAAGGCCAAGAAGAAGAAGAAGAAGAAGAAGAAGAAGAAGAAGAAGAAGAAGAAGAAGAAGAAGAAGAGGUCGGAUUAGAGUCUACCGGGGAAAGAAGACGAGAAGGCAACAACAGCUGGGAAGGGGAAGAAGACGAGGACCCGGAGGCGGCCAGUGUUUACCCUGCUUCUUCAUCACCCUCGGAAAGACAUCUAUCACCGCUUGAAGACGAACAGCACGUCUCGGGACUUGAGCCUGAACCAGAGAUCAAAGAAGCACAACCCAGCCUCGCACUCUCUAUAUCAUCAUCACGACGAUUCUUGCAACAACCUCGUUUGAGAACCGCCGCCACCAUGGACGACUCACCCGAGUCCCCCCACCUCCGCGGAGGCAAAACCCCCGAGCGCCGCCGCACCCCCUCAAACCCUCAGCGUGCCACUCCCCAAAACCAAACCUUCCCCGAAGGAGCCAGAAUCACCUUUGCAGGCUCGGCAGACAGCUCAAGCCGCCGGCGCUCCCCCUCCCAAGGCAGGCGUGGCUUUUCUGACCCGACUGGCAAGAGAACCACCGGCAAGAUGAGCACAGCCGACUGGAACGCCCACCGGGCCGCCCAGCAGGCUAUCCUUGAGAGUAAAUACCACAUCCCGGACCGGCUCCGGUUCAAACUCGGCGACCUCGAGACGAGCGUCAAGCCUAAGCUUUCGGAGAGCCAGAAGAAGGUGUUUCGGAACAACGACGCUGACCCGGUUGUGCUAAACCAGAGGGCGGAGAAGCUUGCUAUUCAUGAGCCGCUUGUCAAGGUGCAUGGGGAUCCGCAGCGGGACCCGGCGGAUGCGGCCAAGGAUGGGAGGGUGUUGGAUGGGGUGAGGAGUUGGUUGGAGGAGGUUGUCGAGGGGCAGGUGAGGGUUCGGCCGUGCGGGAGGGAUGUGGGGAGGGAGUUGUUGGGGGCUUGGGCGCCGACGAGGUUGAGGUUUAAUUUCCCUAUGCCGCAGGAUGGGACCGAGACGGGGAAUGAGUGGUUUGGGGCUGUGUGGCAGGAUUUGUACCUCAAGGCCUCGCACUUUGCGGAGGAGUACUUCGGGGAGGGGCUGGGGUUUGGGGAGGAGGUGCCGAAUGGGGGGAAUAUACUGGAUGUGAAGAUGAUUGAUAAGGUGUGGACUACGGGCGGGGUGGGGAGCACGAAGAAUCUGGUUUGGUUUAUUAGUCAGGUGGCUAGGCAGGAUAAUGGGUUUGAGGGGGGAUGGGAUGUGAUGUUAUCCAAGGCGGUGCAGAGGAAGUUGGUUGUCGCGGGGGUGAUUGGGAAGAUUUUGGAGCGGCAGGUGUUUGAUGAUUUGUUGUUUGGUGCUGAUGAGCAGUCGAGAGCGAUGUUGGAGGCAUCUGAUAAGGCUUUGGAGUUCGGUGAAGGCUACCGGCGCACAAGACUUCGGUCGGAAUGCAUCGACAUGUAUAUGCGUAACCAGGAGCUCACUCCCAAGUUCUGGGAGCAUGUUGACCAGCUCAGCAUUCAAAUCACAACUUUGUUGCUCCCGCUGUUGAAGCUGAUGGACCGGAACUUUAACAACAGUCGGGUCAAGUCUCUUUGGGGAUUUCAUCAAAAGAUCCACGACAUUGUCUCCGAAGCUGGGUUCUUGUCAUUGCAUAUGGCUCACUCGAAGAGUAUCUUCCGGAUUACUGCCCCAUUCCUGGGUCAGGCGUGGGCCAUUGACCAAAACAAUGUCGACGAUAGAGUCUAUCACGAGUCCUCACUCGCCGUUGCCCGCCUCGAAGGGAUGGAGAAGCAAAAAUGGGUAAAAGAGAAUCUGAUUUACGAGUCAGACCCAGCAAACUACCGCCCUACGUAUGUGUUGUGGGAGAAGACCAAGCAGCUAGGAUUCUGGGGUGUUCUUUGGGCCGUGCUCGGUUUCUUCCCCAGCUUGUUGUACAAGAAGGUGGAGAAGUACGGCGGGUUCCCAACCUGGGACUCCAAGCCCGGCCUGGGAGACACCGUCUGGAGGUCGCCGCCGUACCUGGCCAAGGUGCAGAUUGUUGUCUGGCCCAAGUGCGAGAGGUACGGGCUGAUGGGCGAAAUCGACCCGAGGCUGAAGACGAGCACGGAGGGAGAGUCCAUCUCUACGCUGCUCAAGAGUCAGGUGGUGUACUACCAGGGCCGCACUGAUCCGCGCGGUCUGGGCGCCGAGGGCACUCCCACCCUUCUCGAAUGGCUCCGAUACAAGGACGCCCUUUGGUUCAAGAAGUGGUGGGAUCGCUUCGUCAAGAUGGGCGUCUCCCUCCUCAUGCUGUACCUCCUGUCUCGUUUUGCGCCCGUCCUUUGGAUCAUCCCCCAGUUGGGUCUAGCCUUGGCUAAACUUGUGGUUAUUCUCAUCCUCGACGUCAUCAUUUGGCUCCUAACCGCGGCAUCAAAUGUUGCAAAGGCUGUCAUGUACUUGUUGUCCGCGGUUUGGUACACCAUCUUGGGGGCGCUGGGCUUCAAGCUCCCAUCGUUGCAGCCGUCAGAACCCUGGGUGAUUGGACACUCUGGUUACGAGGGGACAGUUUACACACAAAAGAUUACGGUCCCAAGUUUCGAGGGGCAUUCGUACACCGUGCCUUGGUUCGGCGGCGGAGGUGACUAUGAGAAGAGGCACAAGGAGCUUGAGGCGGAGAAGGAAAAGGCUAGGGAGCGGGCUAGGCGACGAGCAAGGGAGCUGGAGAAGGAGAAGGAGAAGGAGCUGGAAGAGGAUGCGGAGGAUAUCGAAGUUACAAAGGUUAUUGACAAGAUCUUCCCCGGCCCUAUCACUCCUGCUCCUCUGGGCCCCAACGGUAGGAGGAUGACGCUUAAGAGGUCGUGGACUCGUGCGGGAGAAGAGCCAGGCCCGGAGGUUUGGGAGGAGCACACGCCUGGUUACUUUGAGCUGCUUACCGAGAAGGCCAAGGAGCUGCCUGUCUUUAAGGGUGACAAGGACAAGGCCAAACGGGAAGGCGUUGAAGCGGAGGUCAAGGAAGGCGAAGAGUGGAAGAAGUACGUCAAGCCGAAUUGGUAUGGCUGGUUUGGCGGUGCUACCGAAGAGGAACUCCGUCAACAAGAAGAGGAGAGGUUGGCUUUCGAGGCAGCCCAAGAGUCUGCCAGACGGGAGCAGGAGACCAGGAAAGAGAGGAGAAAGAUAGAGAGGGAAGAGGCUAGGGAAAAGAAGCUGAGAGAAGCCAAGGCAAGGGAGAAGAAGGAACUGGAGGAUAUCCAGAGGAAGGAGAGGGAGCUGGAGUUGGAGAUUGCCAGACAUAGAAAGGAUCCCAAGGCGCCAGCCAAGGUUAGGUCGGGUUUGAAGAAGGAGACUCUCAAGAAGUGGUGGCAGUCAACGACUGGGGGCUUGGGGGUGGCUUGGCAACCCUAUCAUAUUGAUAAAACGAUUUAUUAUCCUGCUAUUAAGCAGUCGUUUGGGGGUGAUCAAGAGGGGGGGCCGGAGGAGCUCUAGGGUGGGAAAGGCAAAAAGGCGUUUAUUGGAUAGUAGUUGUUGUCUUGGUUUGUUUGUUUGCUAUAUCGUUUAAAUCUAUUUUUUUGUUUGUUCGAAUGUUACCGUUCAUUCUGACGUUGCUGUUUUGCCCACGGUAACAUUAUGGAAUAUAUCAAAGGAGCUGGCCAACCAGCCAUUCGUUAUGCUUUGCGUGUUCGGCGAAAAGACCAUCCGGUGUCCUAGCUACCCGCCGCUGUCAGUCUAUUGUCCCAUCUUGUCCUCGGCCAAUUAUGUAAACCCAG